AUGAAAGUCGAAUCAUUUGAACAACAAUUAAAAUCAAUGCAAGGAAAUUCGAUUGGGGAAGAAAAAUUUGCUAAUCGUGAAAAAAAUAUUGGUGAUGAAGAAUUUACUGAUGUUGCUAGUAAUAAUCCAUCAUGUUUCCUUCCUUCAAAUAAUAAUACUGAAGUUCAUACAAUAUUUCUAUGCGAUGGUUGGAGAAAAAUAUUAUGUCGUUGUGUUCAAUGUUCUAAAUUAUAUGAUGAAUUAAAUUUAACAUCAAUAUUUGAUGAUGAUGAUGCUAUACAAAUAUAUGAAAAACAAGCAUUAGCUAAAAGUGAAAAUCUUGAUGCUGAUAAAAUUAUAGCUGAUUCAUUAGCAAAUCUUUGUUAUGUACGAAAACUUGAAGUUUCACAUGAUAUUAAUGAAUUUAAAAAAUCUCUUGGUGAUUUUCUUCGUGAAAAAGCUAAUACUGAUGAUGUAUUAACAGCUGAAGAUGUGACAACAUUUUUUACUAAUUUAAAAGAAAAACGUAAAGAGAACAACAACGAACAACGUUCAUAUCUUCUGAUAAUUGUAAAUUCUAAAAGGCUUAUUUUUAUUGAUAUAUUAGAAAUAAAUAUGAAAGUAUUUUGA